AUGACUUCCCUACCGCAGCGAUCUCUUCUACAAGGAAACAGUGGUAUAGUGCGCGAAGAAACCCGUUCCCGCUACGACACCACGGGAUGGUUUUCCGACAGCGACGAAGAAGACGCCGCCGAACGAGCCUUGUCCGAGCGCUAUGGCGAAGCAUCCGAAGCCAAGGACCGUAGCAACGGUACCGCCAAUACGCAAAGCACAACAUCUCCGACUGCGGGAGGCGUCAAUGCGCAAGAAAUUGCAGCACUCUACGACAAGGGCGUCACGGUGAAGCCCAAACGCCGUCGCGUGACGUUGGAAGAAACGCAUUUGACCGGCGCAGACGGCUUGAUUCGUUUACCGCACGAUCUCUCCGCUGCCCUUCACUACCGUCCGCCCCCACACAAACGCGACGUUCCGACCGCUGCUGCGUACAGCCGCCGUCUAAUGCGCGGGUACGAACAAUGGUUCCAACAACUCGUGCCGUCCACGGCGACGGACGACGCCGCUCUCAAGACCUCCAGUCUCGGGGCCAAGAAAAGCGUCAAGGCCUUUGUGGAGACCAUGCGUCACGCUGUCCGUAAUCAGCAUUUGGAGCGCAUCUACGGUCGCGAACGGGCCGAUGCUAUGCUCGUUGAACUCGAACACGGCUUGCGACAGCAGCAGGAGGUCACCUCCGGGGAUGAACCCUACAUCGAGGCCGAUGACGAUGGGCAGCGCGCCAAGCCCCCCGUUACCCGUCAAACGAUACCCGACGCGACGACCUUUACAUCAUCCAGAGACCAAGACAAUCACCAAAUUAGAAAUCACAAUGUCACAGGUAGCCCCGUGGCCAUGAACAGAAAUGAUACCACGGGGGAGCGACGUCGCAUCCUAGACGAUGACAGUGACGAGGAGCACGAAGCGACGUUUGCCGAUGAUCACGACCAGACCACCGAAGCCCUCGAACAACAGUCUAGUGGGAAGGGUCGUACAAUGGACGAAGCUGAGUUGCGCGUGGACAGCCACAACGACAGCGUCUCGGGAGACCAUGAUGAUGAGGCUGUGGCGGCUGGUGGUCACCACAAAUCAUCGGAUGCGUUACCACACCAGCGGUCUCCUUCAACUACCGAGGUCUCGGUGGGAACACAAGAUUCGGAAACCAUGACCAUCAUUCCGACAAUGACAAUGGCUUCGCAAAGCGACGAAAGCAAUAACUAA